AUGAUAGGUCAAUUUACACUAACUAGUAAGAGGAUAUCAUCAAGUCAUGAAAAGAGUGCAGCUCUGCAUUCGCCUAUAAACAAAAGGAUUAAUGGGAAUGGUCACCAUCCUUAUAAUAUGCAUCAUACAUCCAGGAGUAUCAUGAAUGGCCUUGCAACGUCUUCAUCAGCAUCAUCACUUUCGAAGUCAUUGGACACAAUUACCACUAGUAGUAAUAGUCAUCAUAAUUUCCACCGCCAUUGGUUAGACAUGGCAAACGAUUCUGUAAAUAACACUAAUAUGAUGGAUGUGGAUGGAUCGGCGGAUGACAACUCUAUGGCGGCCGCUGCAGCCGCGGCUGCUGCUGCUYUGCUCUUUAGCCCUCCGUCGUCCGUCGGCAGUGGUAUAUCACCAGGUGGACCAUUGUCAUCCUUACACCCCAACUCGCAUCUUGCCCAUCACCACACUUUGUCGCCACUGACACCGCUCGCUAUGCCACCUCAUUCAGCUGCGGGUAUUGGGUUAACACCUGCGCAUCACCAUCAUCACCAGCACAUCCAACAGCAGUUACAACAGUAUGCAGCGGCUGCUGUUGCUGCAGCUACAGCAGCAGCCGCAGCUGCGGCUGCCGCAUCUUCAGCAGGUGAUUCGACAUCACCACCCCCAAAUUUGCCGCUAUCUUUACCUCCAAUGGCACAUCACUACAGCCAAAAUAAUAACAUAAGUGGUACGAAUAAACGUCGAAAUACCAGUGGUACUGGCUUGACGGUACAACAACAAUUAUACCGUAGAAGUGGAACUCCUACGUCCUCUACUACAUCAUCACCUUCACCAAGACUAUUAAAUUCCAAAAAUGACGCUGAUACAACUACAAGUGGUACUGGUUUGCAUGAAAACAGCAGCUUUUCGACUUCGGGACUUCCAACUACUACGACGACUGUGCUUUGGCCACCUUUGGGACUCCUUACUGCAGCACAUCAGCAGCAUCAUCACAGUAUGACAUCGCCUCCAAAAUUUCAACAACUUUUUGGUUCGUCGGUUAAUUCUAUGGCCACAGUUACAGCUGGAUCACAAGUUCUACCAGCAUUGCCACCACCACCAAUAUCAUCUCCUUCGUCUUCAUAUCGACUACCGUCUAAAGAAACAAAUGGUAUAAUAGUAACUACCACCAAUGGUACAAGUGUUACUGGUAACGAUAUUGGAAUCGGAACUGGUGGGGAGAAUGUAAURAACGCAGAUGAAGAUGACACAGCAAUUGAUGACGAGGAAGAUGAAGAAGAUGAAGAAGACGAAGAAGAAGAAGAGGAGGACCUUGAUGAUGACGAUAUCGAAGAAGGGGAAGAAGAUGCUGAUGAAGAAGAAGGAGAAAGGAAUGCAGAUGGUGGUGAUGGAAAUGGUGCACAAACGCGGCGAUUGCGCAGGCAACAAGUCAGACGUUUACGACAACUACAACGUGCUGCUAACGGAAAUAACAACACAAGUGACGGCACUGAUUCUGGCAUUACUACAAGCUACCGCCAACAUUGGCAACAACCUUCUACUACCACAACUUCUGCCAACUCUCUAUCACAACAGCAACAUCAGCAUUCUAUCGGAACGUCUUCUCAAYAUCAUAUAGAUCCUGAACGUUUAAAAGCAUUCAACAUGUUUGUCCGGUUAUUUGUGGAUGAAAAUUUAGACAGACAGGUACCUAUUAGCAGACAACCCAAAGAUAAGGUACAGGCGAUUAUUGACUCUUGUGGACGUCAGUUUCCUGAACUUUCAGAUAGGUCACGUAAACGCAUCAGAACCUAUUUAAAAUCAUGUCGUCGCAAUAAGCGAAACACACCACAAUCUGGCGGUGUUGUUUCAUCAUCGCCUCCUCCACCCACUAAUCCAUGGCCAGCAAAUGGUUCUUCUUCUGAUCCAACAGUGCAGCCGCAAAGACCCACACCUGCCCAUUUAACAAGUGCCCAGGCUGAAACUAUAUUAGCAGUAGCUUGUCAGCGUGAGUCAGAUAAUGCCCGACGAAUGCGCCUUGGUCUUGAACCCGUUGCACAGCCUUAUCCAUAUUCAGUUGCCUCAAGUUCAGCAUCUAAUGUAUUUCAACAACCGGCUGGUUCUCUACAAUUGAACCAAAACGGUAGUGGUGGAGCCACAUUGCAAAUGUCAUCGACGUCAUCAGACGAAGACGCCGGUGGAGGUGACAGUAGUUUUGAAAAAACGUCCACUAAUGUUAUUGAAGCUGACACUGAGCAUCGCAAUAGUAACGACGAUGCUGAAAACCGAGAUGGUUGUGACCGUCGAGAGAAUGACGAAUCUAUUGAAGGCGGUUCUGGAGGUGAUUCCGCAAAUAUGUCAAACACCGUUAAUGAUGAAUUGAACUUAUCAGUUGUGACUUGUGGAGCUAGCGUUACAUCUUCAUCUCCUAAUAAUAAUGAAACUGCUGGACCAACCGACCUCAGUGUUAAUAAAACUUCUUCUGCCUUGACCCACAAUAUGGGUACUAGUACUGUAACUGCUAUUCCGCCAGCACCUACAGGAGGUGGAUAUAUGAGUGGUUCUGGUUUUAGAGGUCUCUCUACAACCACAUCAACUACAACAGUCAAUCAUCGUCGAAUCAGCAGUAACAACUCAUCUUCAGCUACUGGUAUGCUGCAGCUGUUUCCAACUAUGAACACGACGACCAGUAUCUCUAGUGGUAGUACUCCCACACUUCCAAUACAACCCUCGAUGCUUAAUCAAACAACACCACCUGUACAACCAAGCAGUAAACUUUUGAACAAAGCCGACGUGGUAACUGUAAGGCAGCUCAUCGCUGGCUAUAGGGAAUCAGCGGCUUUUCUAUUGCGUUCCGCUGAUGAAUUAGAACACCUUUUGUUAUUACGAGGAUGAUUCGAUCAUACACAAUCGUAGAAUAGUCAAUAAACGUGUUAUUUUUUUUUUUUUAAUAUCUCUGUUUUUAUGUAAAG